AUGACAUCCGGCAUAUCCUCGCUCACCCGCGUGGAUGUAUAUCCCCACGAUUUCCCUUUUAGCCGAGUGGUGGUAGUAGAUGUUUUUCUCGGCGUCCAGUACCUCCUGAUCGAAGAGGAAGAGGAAGAAGAAGAGGGUGGCGGAAGAUGGUGGAUGUCGGCUAUAUUCUUGUCUUUGACAGCUAGAUCUUCAAUGGGGAUUACGACGCCUGCUGCAUCGCCUCUGUUGCUUCCUGCGGUAGUGACAGAGCCGGAGGAAGAGGAAGAGGAGGAGGAGAACCAGCUAAAGGAUGGGAAACCCGGGAAGCGCGAUUCCAUCCAUCGCUGCCAGUAG